AUGGAAGUUAAAAACUAUAUACAUGAAGUGACGGAACUUGAACGAAAUAUCACAAAUCAUGAAGCUUACGGAAACUCUUACCGGUGGUCGCCUAGAGAUUUCGAACUUGGUUCAGCUCUAGGGCAAGGCAAGUUUGGACAUGUUCACGUAGCCAGAGAAAAAAAAACGGGUUAUUUAGUUGCUAUUAAAGCACUAUUUAAGUCUCAAAUUAUGAAAUCCAGAUGUGAACGACAAGUUAUGCGAGAAAUAGAGAUUCAAUCACAUUUAAAACAUCCAAAUAUCCUACGUUUGUUGACAUGGUUCCAUGACGAACGACGAAUCUACCUUGUAGUUGAAUUCGCUGCGGGUGGAGAAUUAUACAAACACUUGACAAAUUCACCAAAAGGUCGCUUUCCAGAAAGCAAAGCUGCCAGAUAUAUUUAUCAGGUUGCAGAUGCAGUUGAAUACUGCCAUCGACACCAUGUGAUACAUCGAGAUAUUAAGCCAGAAAAUAUUUUAGUCGCUUUCAAUGGUGACCUGAAACUAGCUGAUUUUGGUUGGUCAGUUCACGCACCUUCUGAACGACGAAAGACGAUGUGUGGAACACUUGACUAUCUCCCACCGGAGAUGAUAAGACGAGAAGUAUAUGAUGUAUCAGUAGACCAUUGGUGUAUCGGGGUAUUACUUUAUGAGUUCCUAGUAGGAAAACCACCAUUUGAGAGUGACGGACAGGACAGGACGUAUGCCAGAAUCCUAGCUUUAGAUAUGACAUAUCCAGAAUAUGUACCUGAUGGAGCCAAAGAUCUUAUUUCAAAGCUUCUGAAACACACAAGCAAAGAAAGAUUGUCACUUGAUGGAGUCAAGAAGCAUUACUGGGUGCAACAAUUCCAGAAUAGCAAUAAUGUAUAG